AUGUGCAGGACUCAAGCAGGAGCCGACAUGUCAGGCGGGGUCAACAACAUCCACGGCCGGGAGCUGCUUCCGAGCAACGUCAUCCCCCGACACUACGACCUCACCUUGGAACCCGACUUUGCGAAUCUGACCUUUGACGGAACUGUCAUUAUCGAUCUCGAUGUUGCCGAUGACUCCAAAUCCAUUUCCCUACACACACUCGAGUUGGACAUCCACAAUGCCAAGAUCACCUCGGGUGGGCAGACCGUCAGCUCGUCCCCCAAGAUCACAUACAUUGAGUCCACUCAGGCCACCAAGCUCGAUUUCGACAAUGCCAUCCCCAAAGGCAGCAAGGCCCAGUUGGAGAUCAAGUUCACCGGCCAACUUAACGACAAGAUGGCGGGGUUCUACAGGUCAACAUACAAGAAAGCCGAUGGCACUGACGGCAUAAUGGCGGUCUCCCAGAUGGAGCCGACUGAUGCGCGCCGGGCGUUCCCUUGCUUUGACGAACCAUCCCUCAAGGCCAAGUUCACCGUCACUCUCAUUGCCGACAAGAACUUGACUUGCCUCAGCAACAUGGAUGUCGCCAGCGAGACCGAAGUUGGGUCCAAGACGGCCGUCAAGUUCAACGAGUCGCCACUGAUGUCCACCUACCUUGUUGCGUUUAUCGUUGGCGAGCUCAACUACAUUGAGAGUAACGACUUCCGAGUGCCCGUCCGUGUCUACGCACCCCCAGGCCAGGACAUCGAACAUGGCCGCUUUUCUCUGGAUUUGGCAGCCAAGACGUUGGCAUUCUACGAGAAGGUGUUCGGCAUCGACUUCCCGCUCCCAAAGAUGGACCAAGUUGCCAUCCCCGACUUUGCCCAGGGCGCCAUGGAGAAUUGGGGUCUGGUCACCUAUCGAGUCGUCGAUCUCCUUCUCGACGAGAAGGUUAGCGGUGCAGCGACGAAGGAGCGGGUCGCCGAGGUCGUCCAGCACGAGCUUGCACACCAGUGGUUUGGCAACCUCGUCACCAUGGACUGGUGGGAUGGCCUGUGGCUCAACGAAGGCUUCGCCACUUGGGCUUCCUGGUAUUCCUGCAACGUCUUCUAUCCGGAGUGGAAGGUCUGGGAGAGUUACGUGACGGACAAUCUCCAGAGGGCACUCGCGCUUGAUUCGCUUCGAAGCAGUCACCCGAUCGAGGUCCCUGUGAAGAAGGCUGAUGAGAUCAACCAGAUCUUUGAUGCUAUUUCUUACUCGAAGGGCUCGUGUGUGUUGCGGAUGAUUUCCACCUAUCUAGGGGAGGAAACCUUCUUGGAAGGCGUUCGCCAAUAUCUCAAGAAGCACGCCUACGGAAACACCGAGACUGGUGACCUGUGGGCGGCUCUGAGUGAUGCAAGCGGCAAGAAGGUGGACGACGUCAUGACCGUGUGGACCAAACAUAUCGGGUUCCCGGUCGUUACUGUCACGGAAAACAACGACAAUUCUAUCCACUUGAAGCAAAACCGCUUCUUGCGGACCGGCGAUGCCAAGCCGGAAGAGGACGAAGUUCUCUACCCCGUGUUCCUUGGCCUCCGGACGAAGGAUGGAGUAAACGAGAAUCUGGCGCUUGAUCAGCGGGAGGGGAACUUCAAGGUGCCGAGCAUGGACUUCUUCAAGCUGAAUGCUAACCACACCGGACUGUACCGGACUGCUUACUCCCCACAGAGGCUGGAGAAGCUGGGAGAGGCUGCGAAGAGCGGGCUCCUUACGGUCGAGGACAGAGCAGGAAUGAUUGCCGAUGCCGGAGCGUUGGCUGUCUCGGGAUAUCAGAAGACCUCGGGGGUUCUCAGCCUGUUAAAGGGGCUCGAUUCCGAAACCGAGUUCGUUGUGUGGAGUGAGAUCAUAUCACGAAUCGCUUCCGUUCAGACCGCUUGGAUGUUCGAAGACAAGUCGACCCGAGAUGGGCUGGAGGCUUUCCAGCGUGAACUCGUGAGCGCGAGGGCACACAAGCUGGGCUGGGAAUUCUCGGACAAGGACGGCCACAUCGAGCAGCAGUUCAAGGCCUUGCUGUUCGGGAGUGCGGGGCUUUGCGGUGAUGAAACCAUCAUCAAGGCCGCCAAGGAUAUGUUCGGAAAGUUCAUGGCAGGAGACAAGUCGGCGAUCCACCCAAACAUCCGGGGCAGCGUAUUCGGCAUGGCUCUGAAGUAUGGUGGCAAGGACGAGUACGAGUCUAUCCUCAACUUCUACCGUACCUCCACCAACAGCGAUGAGCGCAACACUGCGCUGCGCUCCUUGGGACGAGCCAAGGAUCCGGAACUGAUCAAGAGGACACUGGGGAUGCUCCUGUCCAGCGAGGUGAAGGAUCAGGAUAUAUACAUGCCUGCAGCAGGGCUUCGCAGCCACACCGAAGGCAUUGAGGCUCUCUUUGACUGGAUGGCCGAAAACUGGGAUGAGCUUGUUGUGAAGCUCCCACCAGCUCUAUCCAUGCUUGGCACCAUGGUGACGAUUCUCACCUCGGGCUUCACUACCAAGGAACAGCUCAGCAAGGUUGAGACCUUCUUCGAGGGCAAGAGCACGACCGGGUUCGACCAAUCUUUGGCUCAGAGCCUAGAUGGCAUUCGGUCCAAGGUCUCCUGGCUGGAGCGGGACAGGGCAGAUGUGGCCACCUGGUUAAAGCAGAAUGGGUAUACUUCAUAA